GUAGGUCACAGUUUAAAUGGACAAAAUAGUACGAUAUUUUUUUUCUGUUUUCUUUCAUUGCUGACUAGCUUUGCUAACAAACAUAGCAAUGGAGAAAAACGACAUUGAUACGGAUGGAGUAUUAUAUUCUGUCCUAAUUUUAGGGUGCAAUCGAGGACUUGGUCUUGAAUUGGUUCGAUUCUUACUUGGUCUUAAAAAACCGCCGAAAUAUUUAUUUGCUACAUGUCAUGAUCAAGAUACAUGUUCAGCACUGCAUGCAUACAAUCUACUGUGGAACCCAAGAAAAACAAAAGUUAAAGUUUUAAAACUUGAAGUAAAUGAUGAUCGUGAAAUUGCAAAUGUUGUCACUUUCAUUGAGCAAGAGUUGGAUGGUGUUGGAUUAAGUGUCUUAAUUAAUAAUGCAGAAACUCACAUAAGAAAAGAUCUAGAAACAGUAUCAUGGGAUGAUAUGAGGAGAACAUUUGAAACAAAUACAAUCUCACCAAUUAUAAUUGCCAGAGCGUUUCGGUCAAUUCUCAGUUCUUUUGUAUUACUGGGUUCAAAUGAAGCAAUGUCUAUAAAAUGCUGUGCAGCUAUUGUCAACAUAAACUCUGUAUUAGGUUCAAUUACACUAAAUAAAGAAGGAGGAAUGUAUCCAUACCGAGCAAGUAAAACAGCACUGAACAUGGCAACAAGAUGCCUUAGCAGGGACUUAAAAGAUAAUGGUAUUACUGUUAUCAGUUUGCACCCAAGAAAUAUUCCAAAUGAGUCGGAAGGGCCACUACCAUAUUCAUUUACAGCCUCACAUAUUAUUAAAUUUAUAUCAUCAUUAAAUGUGACACAUACAGGGGGCUUUUAUACCUAUGAUGGAACAUUGAUUCAAUUUUAAAGUUAUGGAUAUAUAAUUUUAUUUUGAAACAUACAAUACAAUGAUGUAAUUGGUAUAUUAAUGUCAUUCUUACUAAGUAGGUAGUGCUAUUCCCCGGACAAUGAUUUCCUAUGGGGCUUUAAUAUAGCCUUUUCUAGUAUGGUAUAUACAAAAUUCAUUAUAUUUGUGUAAUUUUUCAUAGUAUAUAAUUAUUACUUUGAAUAUAUUCUAAUUCAUGGUAUAAUUGUUAAAUAGGUACCUAUUAAAGACAGUCAUAAAGAUGUCAGUCUUAUUUUCUCUAUAAUGAUGGUCCAUUGCUUCC